UCUUCAUCAGAGAGGGACGACUACUUCUGACUUAAAGAUGCUUUUCUUCUUUCUCUUAGCUACCCUGCUGGCUGUGAGCACAGCCCAGAAAAAGGCUCCAGUGGUCCAAGAGACUGGUGUUUCGCAAGACCAGAAUCCUGAAGGGCAAGAUGUGAGGCCAGGUACAUGUCCUGAGAUCUGGGAAACUCCUGCAAAACAACCGAAAGGCCGUCCAAACAAAAGCCCAGCCCAGCCUAGACCCUUGCUUGGCAAAGGGAACACUAACCAACAAUCUAAGCAUCUCAUGUGUUCUGAGGACCCUUGUACAACAGAUAACGACUGUGUAUUUCCGAUGAAAUGCUGCCCCAGCACUAGGUGUGGCCCGAGGUGCACACAUGGUCUUAUGAUUGACCCUGGCUUUUUCAACUGACCUUCACAAUCCAAGAAAUGAGUAUUGAAUGGAGAAAUGAAUUCAGAAGAAGGCAUCCCUGAACUGAUGUUUUUCUUGACUUGUUUCUGCCAAAAUUUUAUUCUCAUGUCCUUCUUAAAAUUCACUUAUUAAA